AUGAAUGCGAUUAUGAAAAGUUUAAAUCGUCACUCUGCAAAAGAAUGGAUAAGUUAUUUCUGUUCCACCCAUUUUUGGGGCCCUGUUGCUAAUUGGGGUAUCCCAAUCGCUGCUUUGGCAGAUUUGAAGAAGAAUCCCGAUUUGAUUUCAGGUCCAAUGACUACUGCUUUAUGUAUCUACUCAGCGGUUUUUAUGCGAUUUGCAUGUCGUGUUGAACCGCGCAAUAUGCUUCUUUUUGCGUGCCAUUUCGCAAAUAUCUCUUUACAGCUGAUGCAGAUGGCCCGUUUUCUUAAUCACAACUACUUACAUAUUAUGGACGAUCCAACAUUCGAUUUUGCUCAAGUCAAUAAUACUCUUCUUAUGGAAAAAAUUGACUAG